AUGGUUAACUCUCAAGAAGUGUUAGUGAGUUCAUAUCUGAAGAAAAAGCCUACUCUGAGCACCACGGCUCUUAGUAAGAAACUAGAAGGUAAUGACCAAGAGCAUCCACAACCCUCUGGAUCUCAUCAUGGGCACCUGUAUUCACCUCCAUUGAGGUGGCCCAGGCAUGGAGACCAUGUUUACUGGUGUGUACUAAGAAGAGGUCAGUUCAGUUAUUAUAAGACCAAAGAUGAGAAGGAAGCAAUAAAUGUACUACCGAGGAAAGAUAUACUAAAUUAUCGUGUACUGAAGAAUGACAAGACGUUGUUAGUGUACACCAAGGAUAAAACACUAAGGUUCAAGUGUGAACCGAAGAUCUUGGACCUUUGGGAAGAAGGAUUUAAGAAAUUAAUGGAAGAGAGGGAUCUGAAAGUAGAUACAAGAUUUGCUGAUGAGAAUACUAACCAGCAUGCAAUAAUAGAUGAAAACGAAGACGAGGACGACGAAGAUGACGAUGAAGGCGAAUUAUAUCUGGAAUUUGCUCAUGUUUCGCCGACAACCCCAGAUAACAACGGCUCUACGUUAGGAAGCAAGAUUUCAGAAGAAGAUAGAAAAUUCUUUGAAAAGUACGAUCCACAGAAGCCUGAACACGUCAUUAUGUCAACUACAUUGUAUGCAAGGAUAAAGACGAGGUUUAACAGACGUAAAUGGAAAAAAUUCAAAGUUGAAUUAUCAAAUAGAUGUAUCAAACUUUAUUCUAUCAAAACGGGUAAUCUCAAAAACCAAUUUGAUCUGGUAAAUGUAAUAGAUUGCGUUGAGUAUGAAUCUAAGGAUCUACAGCCAGUAUUUUCGUUAAUCAGUGUCAACCAUCGAAUCAAAUUCAAAGCUAAGACCGAGCAGUUGAUGAUUGACUGGAUUGUUAAUAUUAAAAGUGUAAUUCUAGCAAGCAGAAAGACAGUUUCGAAAUAA